AUGAGACUUCUGUGGUGGGUGUGCUCCCUGGCACACUUCACGUCUCUUGUGAGUGCUGAAGGUGAUUGUACCGAAAACUAUCUGACGGCAUCGAGGACGGCCGUGGUGCAUUUCUACAAUGGAACUGUUUUCGAGGUUGCCAAGAUUCAGGGGAGUCCAGAAUACCUCGAGCUUAUGGCACGCCUGGCUACAUCUAAGCCAUCACCGCAACCAACUCUCAAUUUCAUGCGCGAAAUUCAAAUUUCAUCUCGUUUAAUGGAAUAUCUCUUCCCAAGCAGGUCGUCGCCGUGGAGAGACUGGUGGCGUUGGCUCAACAUGAAAAUGGGCCGACCCAUCAAAGCAGACGAUGUCGAAAUCAUUAGUGAUUUGCUCCAAGAACUAAAAGUCGCCACUGAAAAGACAAUCUUCCAGCCUCUAGAUAGGGUUGCCGUUACAGAGCCUGGUUUCCAGUCGCUUGACUCGGAGACGACCAACGCUGCACUUCGAAUCCUAGGUCUACGCACAUGGGUACGCGAUAGCGUUUAUUACACCUCACGCUUAGUGGAAGGAGAUGCUGUGUAUGCAGCGAACGGUUAUGGACUAUGCACCAACUACGAGGAUCGUUUCCAAUGCUCGGACGAAUUUGAAGGCUCGUCGAUACCUACCGUUUUUGUGGUUUCCUACAACCACAAUCUCUUAUACACUAGUAUUAUGGACCUUAUUAGUGGUGAAGCUUUCCCCUACGGUUCGACUCUUGAGGCGCAACUCGUUGACUACGAGCUUGGCCUAGAUAGUCUUCUCGAGAAUGAUCAAGGCCAACCCGUAUUAGUGGAUCGCCUCCGUUCACAACUCCAGAUCCUUCCUCGGGAGUCCAAAAUAUACGGUCACGCAUAUCUUCUUAGCCGGCGAGAGCGUCACACACCCCCGUUUCCUGGCUACUCUCAGGGACUCUAUGUCCGAACUCUCGCUUGA